AAGCGAUCCCGCGGGCCGCGAGCGCCCUCCGCGUAGCCUUGGGUCUGAGACGUAGAGCUGAGCGACCGCGGCCGCGAACGAGAUGCCGGUGGCCGUGGGUCCCUACGGGCAGUCCCAGCCCAGCUGCUUCGACCGCGUGAAGAUGGGCUUUGUCAUGGGUUGCGCCGUGGGCAUGGCGGCCGGGGCGCUGUUCGGCACGUUCUCCUGUCUCAGGAUCGGAAUGCGGGGUCGGGAGCUGAUGGGCGGCAUUGGGAAAACCAUGAUGCAGAGUGGCGGCACGUUUGGCACAUUCAUGGCCAUCGGAAUGGGCAUUAGAUGCUAAUCAGGGCCCUGAUUGCCUACUACAUGUAUACUUCCCCAUCCAUUUCGACACCUGUACAAUAAUAAAGCUUUUUCUUCUCA